CUACUUGUUCCAGGGGGGAAGAGUUUCAGCGACGCCCUCAAACUGCGUUAGCCAAAGUUAGCAUCAUUCGCGCCUUCAGCAGGUAUCAGCCAUCAAUGUGUGUGCGCGCAUCCGGAACCCUUAAAACAAGUGUAUUUGUUUCAGGGGGAAGCGCUUCGACGACGGACUGAUUUCGGAUUGGCCGCGUCAGGAUAAUACGUAUGAACGUGUCGCUGAAGAUAUCAACAUCCACGUCUUGUUCAGAAUGACCGAGGAGAAAACGGAGACCCUGCAGGAGUACGAGGAGCUGUUCGCCCACAGGUUCUCACCCGAGGACCCUGAGUACCAGCGGUACCAGAACCGAGCAGCUGACCCGCCGCCCAUGGUCGAGGACUGGAGGGGUCGAGCGGGGGGGAACCAGAGAGGAAGAGACAACAGGUACCACGACCGUCGUGGGCACAGAGGUCGUGGUUGGGGAGGAGACCGAGGCUGGGGAGGAGACCGUCGUGAGCAGCAGAACUGGCAUGACAGAGACCGAGACAGAGACCGGCACUGGGGGCAUGGGAGUGGUCAGUCAGGCCCUCCAAGCUCCAACCAGGGAUACAACUCCCAUCACCAGAGACCACAUUAUGACCGCUACUGAUCCAUACUCUCAGGUGGUAUCACCUAUAAUUACUAAAGUCUCACUUAGAGUAUCAAUAUUAAUACUUUAUUGCCCAUUAUUAUCAUUUUUAAUAAGUGAUACAGUUUUUUUUGUUUGAGUUGAAAAACAAACAGUAUAAUCAGGUUUUGGAAUUUUCCCAGAAUGAUUUCUGAAAAACCUUGACUGUUUGACUUCCAUCUUCCUUUUUAUACAUACACAGUAUUUUCAACUUGCAAUGCUUCACACAGUAUUAAAAAUGAAAAUAACAUGAAAUUCUCAAACAUUUCACAUCCUUGUUUUUAGUAUGUUUAUCACAUUGUUUAUGGGAAGUUUCACUGGUAGUUGUUUUGUGUCCUGUUAAUAUUUUUUUGCUUUUUUUGACAUGGUUUGAUACAUUAUUAUGAAUUAUGCAGUACAGUAUCAGUAUUGCUACAGAUGGUGAAUAUCCACAUAUAAUCUAUUUGUAAUGCAGCUUUAUUUUUCUGUGUCACAUUGUUUCAUAACAAUCUAAUUGGACUGUUGUCAAUAAAUGCGUAUUUUCUUAA